AUGGGGGAAGCCGGCGAGUCACAAAACGAGUCAGGUUCAACACUGCACAUUGUCCUCAUUGCAUCCAUUGCAGCAGGGCUCCAGUUCGGGUGGGCCCUUCAGCUGUCUCUCCUCACUCCCUACACCCAACUACUAGGCGUGGCCCAUCAAUGGGCCGCUAUAGUCUGGCUUACCGGGCCCAUUUCAGGCCUUCUUGUCCAGCCCAUUGUCGGCUACUUCAGUGACAAGCUCGGGAGGCGUGUCCCCUUCAUUGCUUCCGGCGCAGCCCUUGUAGCUGUGGCAGUUGUUCUAAUCGGUUAUGCCGCUGACAUGGGCCACAGCUUCGGUGACCCGCUCGAGAAAACCGUCCCUAAGCCCAAAGCACUCCUCAUUUUCGUGAUCGGUUUUUGGAUUCUUGAUGUUGCCAACAACACCGUGCAGGGGCCGUGCAGGGCAAUGCUGGCGGAUUUGUCGAAUGGGGACGCGCGCAAGAUAAGCACGGCUAACGCUCUCUUCUCGUUCUUCAUGGCGGUGGGGAACGUGCUGGGGUAUGCGGCCGGUUCGUACACCAAGCUGUACAGGAUCUUUCCCUUCACGAUGACCACGGCUUGCGAUGUGUACUGCGCGAAUCUCAAGAGUUGCUUCAUAAUCUCGGCUACGCUACUGCUGACUCUGACGAUCAUAGCGCUCAGCAUUGUUCGGGAGAAGUCCGGUUCGGCAGCUGCAAGGAAGGCUGAGGCGGCUCAAAACGGAAGCAAAGGAUUUAAGAUUUUGGGAGCUCUCAAGGGGCUGCCCAAGUCCAUGUGGCUGCUAUUCCUCGUGAACUUCAGUCUUCCAUUUGCUCUGGCUUCAAUCUAUUCAUCAAACUCCACAACUGCUGGACAAGGUCUAUCUCUUGGGCUUCUCAAUCUUGCUAUAGUGAUUCCUCAGAUGAUAGUGUCGGUGUCGAGUGGGCCGUUGGACGAGGCAUUUGGCGGAGGCAACCUGCCGGCGUUUGUGAUGGGAGCGGUGGCUGCCGUAAUAAGUGCCGUUUUGGCCAUCACUGUACUGCCGACGGCCCCAUCUCCGGACGGUGGAUCUGCCAGGAUUUUGGUCGCCGGUGGUGGACAUUGA